GGUGACUCCUCGACGAACAGGACGGUACUCCGUCUAAAUCUCAACAAAUAACCAACCUAUAAGACUGGUGUUCGCUUCGGAAGCGACCAUGUCUUCUUUAGGACGGGCGUUGGGAGUUCUUCGGACCGGAAGUCAGCUCCUCAGACGCAGUACGCAAAAGAUAACGACCAGAAAGGCUGGCGAUGGUCCGCACAUCGAGCCCCAGUACCGGGCAUAUCCUCAGAUCACGAAGAACCAGAAGCUCCAGUCGGAGAUCCUGAGCAGUGCCAUGUGGUUCUGGAUCCUGUGGCACUGCUGGCACGACCCUGAUGCAGUCCUGGGUCACUUCCCCUGGCCUGACACCUCUGCAUGGACAGAUGAGGAGCUUGGAAUCCCAGCGGACGGCGAAUAAGGAAAUUUCUUCAGUUUCCUUUGUAAAUGAGCACAGAUCACGAGGGAUUCAAGCUGCUGGAUAAGUCUGUGGAAGUCUCCAGGAUCUUCUGAAAGUCAUUUCUGUACAUAGACUAAUAAAAGUAUCUUUAAAUAUUU